ACAACAUUGACAAGUUGGCGACCACACGACUAGACAUGGCAGCGCGCACGGCCCGUGCGACAACCACCAGAGGAAAGAAGGUGGUGGCGGCGACCAACAAGGAUGACGCAGUAACGCCCCCGACCAAGACCAAAGCGUCCAAGGCGGCCUCGGCCACGCCCACCAGAUCCAGAUCUGGAACAGCGCGCGGGGGUAAUGGUAACACAUCGCCGUACUUUGACAAGAAGGCCAAGGGGAAGCAGCAGCAGGCAAAGAAUAAGGCAAAGCGCAACGAAACCGACGACGAGCUGAGCGAGCCGACUGGCCUGACGAGCGAGUCGGAGCUGUCGUCGUCCGACUCUGGCGCCGAGUCGGCCUUCGACCCCGACUCGGACGACGAGCCCGAAGACGACGAGGUCAUGAACGGCGACGAGAGCGAGAGCGACGCCGAGGCGACGCCCAAGGCUGGGACGAAGCGCAAGGCGACAGUCGCGGACAAGGCAAAGGCCAAGUGGGGCCGCGGGGCCAAGGGGAGGCAGAGUGGCGCGAGCGCGGCCGACGCUGUCGAGCUGGGCUCGGACGACGACGACGUCGAGCUGGAAGAGGGCCAGGUCGUCGCGGGGCGCAUCUACCCAGCACCCAAGACGGGCCAGGUCCCCGCGGGCCAGGUCUCGCGCAACACGCUCAACUUCCUCUCGCUCCUCCAAAUACCAGAGAACAACGACCGUGACUGGUUCCGCGCCCACGAGCCGUCGUAUCGCCAAGCCGAGGCGGAGUGGAAGGCGUUCGUCGUGCCCAUGCAGGCGCGCAUGAGCGAGGCAGACGACGAGCUGCCCGUCCUCCCGCCCAAUGACGUGAUUCACCGGAUCUACCGCGACGUGCGCUUCUCGUCCGACAAGACGCCGUACAAGAGCAACUUUAGCAUGAGCACGUCGCGCGGCGGCAAGAAGGGCACGUGGGCGGGGUACCAUCUCUCCAUCUGCCCGCGCGGGCACAGCAUCUUGGCGUGUGGCAAGUGGCAGCCGAGCCGCGACGACUUGGCCGCCAUACGCCAGAACAUCCUGCACGACCCCGCGCCGUUCCGCGCGGCGAUUGGCGCGCCGGCGUUCGUCAAGCUGUUCGGCAAGGCCGAGCCGGGCAAGAAGGGCAAGCCGCAGAACAUCUUUGGCCACUCGGACGAGCUCAAGGUCGCGCCCAAGGGCGUCGACAAGACGCACAAGGAUAUCGACCUGCUCAAGCUGCGCAGCAUCGUCGUGUUCCAUCACUUCACCGACGACGAGGUGACGGCGCCAGACUUCAUAGACAAGGUCGGCGCCGUCGUCGAGGUCAUGACGCCGUUCGUGCACAUGCUCAACGACUACAUGGCCGCCCCGGUCGACGACGACAGCGAUUAGGAUCUGAUCUGUGC